AUGGAACCGGAAGCAUUAAACGAGUUGAAGCAACUGCAAACCAUCGAGCAAAAGGUCAAGGAAGUGCAAGAGAAGCUUGAUACGCGGUUACCCACUCAGUAUCAAAAUCUUACCGCUAUGGUAUGUGGCGUCAAGUGGCGACUUAAUACCUUUAAGCCCCACGACACCUCUGCUACUAUCAAGAAGAUUCAACUUGAACUUGGAGCAUUUGAUUAUCGUGUAAAAGAGCAAUCGGAACUACUUACACGCUACCUGAUUGAGUUAGAUGGUGUGUUAAGCUUUGGAAACGAGGACAUUAAGCGAGCACGCAAGGAAUUGGUCUUGUUAGCACAGCGGCUGCUAUCAAAGGCUGAUAAGUUUAAGGAGCGAAGUGGCUCGUUGAAAGACUUUGGAGAUCGCACUUUGAACUACUUGAAGGGUUCCCUAACGGAGUCAAUAACACCCAAUGACAGCGGCGUGGAGUCUGACGACAUGCACGUUAAGGCUUUAUUUGAAGAAAACGAAAUGGAAGAUGAAAGCGAGUCUGAAGCAGCCGACGUAGACACUAGCGAUGACGAAGAAAUGGAACAGCUGAGUGACGACGAGGUAGAAGAUUCUGGUGAGCCGGAGGCCGAGGAUAAAAGAGUAUAUGAAGAGGGUGAAGUAAUCUCUCCCGAGAAAUCACCUAGACUCGAGCCAAUUCGCGGGGACAGCGCUUCAAAUGUUGAUAUCGACUCGCUGCCUGUCUGGCGUCCGUACUACCAGCUCCAGCGGCGGCAGGAUGGCAUCUACCUCAUGGCACGUCUCAAUAUUACCAAUCCCAAGAACGUCCAAGUGCGGUGUAAUACGCAAGACGGUGUGCUUCGCAUCACUGGCUUUCGGUUACCCACUCAAAAAGACAUCGUUAUGUCGCGACUUAGUGGCGCACCGACAUUUGGCCGCUUUGAAAUUAUUGAGCAUUUUCCCCCGAACAUGCUUAAUAUGGACGAGGCGACACAACAGCUGAUGGAGGAUGGUACCUUGCAGAUUCGUUUACCAUACUACGUUGUACAGCACCCACUGUUCUAUCGCCCAGCGUCGCUCUUUCAACCACAGGACUGCUUUGUUUGGUAA